UAAUCGAUGAGGUUAGAAAGUAUAUUCCGACGAAUAGGUCCAGUGGCCCUUGCAGAUAUAUUGUAAAGACUUACUAUUCAGUACCGCGGACCGCAAUUCGAAACGUCGAAGAUCCAAUGUAGAAUUCUUGGAUCUAAAAAACAUUAUUGAAUCUCCACCUAUGGAUCUCGAUGCUGAUCAGAAUAUCAGAAAGUCAAAAAGACUUCGUCGUGAUUUUAUAUGUCUGUCAAAAUCAGAAAGUAAAGAGCCUUCAAAACCGUUCAGAGCACCUCGAAGAAAGUCAUUGAGGUGCCCAUUAAAGCAAUUAAAUUCGCAUGAUAGUACAUCCACUAAUCCUACUCAACUAACUGUUCAAAUGAAAAAUGACCAAUCACACAUGGAUGUUAGUUCUAUCAAUACUAUUUCAUUUGGUAAUCUGUCGAUUUCAUCACCAAACAAGUCAGAAAAUACUAAAUUAUCUCGUCCAAGUUCUUCAUUUAUUCCUGCAUUUGUUUCAGAUUUUUAUCUCUCUAAAAGAUAUAUUCCCCCUAAGCACAGAGGGUUAGCCACAGUAGUUGAAGAUUCUGUUAAACGGAGUCAGCGACGUCCUAGAUCGUACAAAAAGACCGAACUUUCUCCAAUAAGACGACAAAUAUUUACAGGCCAAACUCUUGAGGAAGCUUGCGCCCCUACAGCUGCUGGUAUUGCUCCGCUAGACCCAGAAUUUGUGUUGUCAGCUACACGUAAGCGUGUUAUCAGGCGCCAAAGGCUUGCAAAAAAGUUAGGGUUUCGUGGCAUUAGUAUAUCCAAGCAAACUGAAGAGAACUUUGCUAAAUUUCUUUCACAAUCAAAUUUGAAUUCUUCUCACAGUAGCUCAGCAUCUAUCUGAAAUGAAAUGCAAUUGUCCUUCAUAUUAAUCUCAUACUGCUUAUUGAUACCUACGUCUUUCAAUUAAAUAUCAAAAUUCAGACCCUCCUUGUUUUAUGUAAAUCUUUUAUUUAUAUGACAUUUCCACCAGUGUUCACAUAGAAUAUUGUAUACAUGGCUUGCAAAAGCAUCGUAAGAAUUUCAUAUUUCAUCCCUUUUAUGAUAUCGUGUCGUGUAUACUUUUUGAUUAAGUAUGAAACCUGUUUAGAUUUUUUACAACUUAUGUUUACAAAACGAAUUUGACUUUUAACUCCCUUUAGAUUUUGUUACAGCCCAAAAUGUGGGGGAUUUUAUAAAACAUCAUUUACUCUGAAUAUAAUCUUUUUAGUUCUUCUGAAACAAAUAUCCUCAUAUUUUUCUAAAACGUUUCUUUUGUAAAGUUGGGCUAUGCCUCAAAUACUGAGACAUGUUGCAUAUCAUUUUUAUCAGUAAGCUUUUACCACAGAUUUUAUAUAUGACC